CGUCGCCAUAGUAUGAUUCGUAAUUUCGUACACUAGACUAGGAAAGCUAGCUGCUCCUCUAAGCAGCGUUUCCCAUAACAGUAUUUCAUGCUUUUAUCGCAAGAAAAGGUCCUCGUUUAGGCCAUGGCUUUAUUUGUUUUUAAUUCGGCGUCAAAGAUGGUUUCUCCGUUAGUAAUAUUACAUUUUAUUCUCAUCUGCGUCACUUUGCAUUGCAACAAUCUGGCCGCGGCUAAAAUGAAUCCCAGACCAAAUAUUGUUUUAAUCCUGACUGAUGAUCUGGAUGUCUCCAUCGGCGGAAUGAUCCCUUUAGUGAAGACUAAAAAGCUGAUUGGUGAUGCUGGAAUAACCUUUACAAACACGAUUGUUGCCAGUCCUCUUUGCUGCCCCAGCAGGGCGAGUAUCCUGACGGGCAAAUACCCCCAUAACCAUCAUGUCGUGAACAACACGUUGGAGGGCAACUGCAGCAGCACAGCGUGGCAGAAGACCCAAGAGCCCGACAGCUUCCCUGCCUUUCUUCAGAAACACGGCACCUAUCAGACCUUCUUUGCUGGGAAGUAUCUGAAUGAGUACGGCAGUAAAAAAGCUGGAGGCGUGGAGCAUGUUCCUCCGGGCUGGGACCACUGGUUCGCCUUGGAGAGAAACUCCAAGUACUACAACUACACGCUGUCUGUGAACGGCAGGGCGCAGCGGCAUGGACAGAACUACAGUGAGGAUUACCUUACGGAUGUUCUGGCCAAUAUUUCCAUUGACUUCCUGGAGAACAAGUCUAACCGCAGGCCUUUCUUCAUGAUGGUGUCCACUCCGGCCCCGCACUCACCCUGGACGGCCGCUCCUCAGUACGAGAGCAGUUUUCCCAACGUCAAAGCGCCAAGAGACCCUAACUUCAACAUACAUGGAAAGGACAAACACUGGCUCAUCAGGCAAGCAAAGACACCCAUGACAAACUCUUCAGUGGAGUUCUUGGAUAACGCCUACAGAAAACGGUGGCGCACUUUACUAUCAGUAGACGACCUGGUGGAGAAAGUGGUGAAAAAGUUGGAGGUCAGAGGAGAGCUUAGCAACACCUACAUCAUUUUCACCUCCGACAAUGGUUACCACACAGGCCAGUUUUCUCUUCCGAUGGAUAAGAGGCAACUCUAUGAAUUUGAUAUCAGAGUUCCUCUGCUGGUGCGAGGCCCUAAUAUCAAACCCAAUCAGACAAGCCAGUUACUCAUAGCAAAUGUGGAUUUGGGUCCAACGAUUGUGGACAUAGCAGGAUAUAACGUCAAUGAAACUAAGAUGGAUGGGAUGUCAUUUCUACCUAUCAUGAUCGGUGAAGGGAACAGCAGCACAUGGAGAUCUGAUGUACUGGUGGAAUAUGAGGGAGAAGGAAGCAACAUCUCAGACCCAGCCUGCCCUCUGCUGGGCCCCGGGGUCUCGGAGUGUUUCCCCGACUGUGUUUGUGAAGACUCGUACAACAACACAUACGCAUGUGUUCGCACAGUAUCGCAGGCCGCCAACUUGCAGUACUGUGAAUUUGAUGACAACGAGGUGUUUGUGGAGGUGUAUAACCUGACAGCAGACCCCUUUCAGUUGAGUAACAUCGCCAAAAGCAUUGAUCAGGAAGUCCUGGAGAAGAUGAACCACCGCCUAAUGAUGCUGCAGUCCUGCUCGGGACAGUCCUGCAGAACGCCUGGCGUCUACGACUCAAAGUUUAGGUUUGAUCCUCGGUUAAUGUUCAGCAGCCUCGUCCCUCACAGGAACAAACUACGACAGACGCUGAAGUAGAGCGUGGAGAGGAAGGAUUAAAGGAAGAAGACCAAUGGAGGGAAAGAAUAAAGGGCGCUGAAAAACAAGCCCUGUUGUUGCCUUUAUAUCCUGACGUUCUCCCAAAGAUGCCCAGUCUCUCCUCCACAGAUGAGGUCAUCAGGGUGCGCCAGGAUACCAAACAAACUAGACACUUUCAGACAGGACGGCCCUCUGACAUCAUUCACAUCAGAUCCUGACAAACUACCAGCUGGCACACAUCUGUGAGAGCAUUCACAUCAUAUUCCUGUUCGUUCUGAAUUAAUCUUGCUGCUUUGACUUUAACAAUAACACUGAACAUUUCAAAUAUUGUCUUUAUUUUAUUCAUGUUUUUUAGAUUUAGUUUUACUUUUGCUUUAAACACAUGCACAGUAUUGAACUUGAGGGAAUUGUUGGAUUGUUUGUUUGCCGGAUGUGUCUGAAACAUUUCACUCCACAUAUUUGUU